GGGGGCCCGGACGGCGCUAGCGAGGAGGCGGGCGAGCCGGGUCCCCGGGAGCGCAGAGGAGGCUCGGAGAGGGGCGGAGAGCCGCGGGGCGUGAGGGAGGCGCGGGCCGCAGGGAGGGAAAGCCCGGCGGGCUCUGCGCCGCCGCCGCGCGCAGGGAGAGGCGCCGGGGCUGCCGCUGGGUGCUCGGCGCGCUCUCGGGAGCCGCCGGCCCGCUGUCCCGCAGCCUUCCGGGAAGAAGCGGCGCCGGCAGCGGCCGGGGCGCGCGUUCGGGUACCCUCACCUGCCGGCGCCCGGCCGCUUCCCCGGCAAGGCGUGCGCAGGGCAGGGUGCGGGACCUGGGGGGACCUGGAGGCAGAGGGGAGACCCGGCCGCCCGCGCCGCAGCGCAGCCGCCGGGAGCGCCCUCGACCCCGCGCGGGGCGCCGGCUCCAUGGCGACCGGGCUCGGGGAGCCGGUCUAUGGACUUUCCGAAGACGAGGGAGAGUCCCGAAUUCUCAGAGUAAAAGUUGUUUCUGGAAUUGAUCUCGCCAAAAAGGACAUCUUUGGAGCCAGUGAUCCAUACGUGAAACUUUCAUUGUACGUAGCAGAUGAGAAUAGAGAACUUGCUUUGGUCCAGACAAAAACAAUUAAAAAGACGCUGAACCCAAAAUGGAAUGAAGAAUUUUAUUUCAGGGUAAACCCAUCUAAUCACAGACUCCUAUUUGAAGUAUUUGACGAAAAUAGACUGACACGAGACGACUUCCUGGGCCAGGUGGACGUGCCCCUUAGUCACCUUCCGACCGAAGAUCCAACCAUGGAGCGACCCUAUACCUUUAAGGACUUUCUCCUCAGACCAAGAAGUCAUAAGUCUCGAGUUAAGGGAUUUUUGCGACUGAAAAUGGCCUAUAUGCCGAAAAAUGGAGGUCAAGAUGAAGAAAACAGUGACCAGAGGGACGACAUGGAGCAUGGAUGGGAAGUUGUUGACUCAAAUGACUCGGCUUCUCAGCACCAAGAGGAACUUCCUCCUCCUCCUCUGCCUCCCGGGUGGGAAGAAAAAGUGGACAAUUUAGGCCGAACUUACUAUGUCAACCACAACAACCGGACCACUCAGUGGCACCGACCAAGCCUGAUGGACGUGUCCUCCGAGUCAGACAAUAACAUCAGACAGAUCAACCAGGAGGCAGCGCAUCGUCGCUUCCGCUCCCGCAGGCAUAUCAGUGAGGACUUGGAGCCCGAGCCCUCGGAGGGCGGGGAUGUCCCCGAGCCCUGGGAGACCAUUUCAGAGGAAGUGAAUAUCGCUGGAGACUCUCUCGGUCUGACUCUGCCCCCACCACCGGCCUCCCCGGGAUCUCGGACCAGCCCUCAGGAGCUGUCAGAGGAACUGAGCAGAAGGCUUCAGAUCACUCCAGACGCCAAUGGGGAACAGUUCAGCUCUUUGGUUCAAAGAGAACCCUCCUCACGGUUGAGGUCAUGCAGUGUCACCGACGCGGUUGCAGAACAGGGCCAUCUACCACCGCCAUCAGUGGCCUAUGUACAUACCACGCCGGGUCUGCCUUCAGGCUGGGAAGAAAGAAAAGAUGCUAAGGGGCGCACAUACUAUGUCAAUCAUAACAAUCGAACCACAACUUGGACUCGACCUAUCAUGCAGCUUGCAGAAGAUGGUGCGUCUGGAUCAGCCGCAAACAGUAACAACCAUCUAAUCGAGCCUCAGAUCCGCCGGCCUCGUAGCCUCAGCUCGCCAACAGUAACUUUAUCUGCCCCGCUGGAGGGUGCCAAGGACUCACCCGUACGUCGGGCUGUGAAAGACACCCUUUCCAACCCACAGUCCCCACAGCCAUCACCUUACAACUCCCCCAAACCACAACACAAAGUCACACAGAGCUUCUUGCCACCCGGCUGGGAAAUGAGGAUAGCGCCCAACGGCCGGCCCUUCUUCAUUGAUCAUAACACAAAGACCACAACCUGGGAAGAUCCACGUUUGAAAUUUCCAGUGCAUAUGCGGUCAAAGACAUCUUUAAACCCCAAUGACCUUGGUCCCCUUCCUCCUGGCUGGGAAGAAAGAAUUCACUUGGAUGGCCGAACGUUUUAUAUUGAUCAUAAUAGCAAAAUUACUCAGUGGGAAGACCCGAGACUGCAGAACCCAGCUAUUACUGGUCCGGCUGUUCCUUACUCCAGAGAAUUUAAGCAGAAAUAUGACUACUUCAGGAAGAAAUUAAAGAAACCUGCUGAUAUCCCCAAUAGGUUUGAAAUGAAACUUCACAGAAAUAACAUAUUUGAAGAGUCCUAUCGGAGAAUUAUGUCCGUGAAAAGACCAGAUGUCCUAAAAGCUAGACUGUGGAUUGAGUUUGAAUCAGAGAAAGGUCUUGACUAUGGGGGUGUCGCCAGAGAAUGGUUCUUCUUACUGUCCAAAGAGAUGUUCAACCCCUACUACGGCCUCUUUGAGUACUCUGCCACGGACAACUACACCCUUCAGAUCAACCCUAAUUCAGGCCUCUGUAAUGAAGAUCAUUUGUCCUACUUCACUUUCAUUGGAAGAGUUGCUGGUCUGGCCGUAUUUCAUGGAAAGCUCUUAGAUGGUUUCUUCAUUAGACCAUUUUACAAGAUGAUGUUGGGAAAGCAGAUAACCCUGAAUGACAUGGAAUCUGUGGAUAGUGAAUAUUACAACUCUUUGAAAUGGAUCCUGGAGAAUGACCCUACUGAGCUGGACCUCAUGUUCUGCAUAGAUGAAGAAAACUUCGGACAGACAUAUCAAGUGGAUUUGAAGCCCAAUGGGUCAGAAAUAAUGGUCACAAACGAAAACAAAAGGGAAUAUAUCGACUUAGUCAUCCAGUGGAGAUUUGUGAACAGGGUUCAGAAGCAGAUGAACGCCUUCUUGGAGGGAUUCACAGAACUGCUUCCUAUUGAUUUGAUUAAAAUUUUUGAUGAAAAUGAGCUGGAGUUGCUCAUGUGCGGCCUCGGUGAUGUGGACGUGAAUGACUGGAGACAGCAUUCUAUUUACAAGAACGGCUACUGUCCAAACCACCCUGUCAUUCAGUGGUUCUGGAAGGCUGUGCUACUCAUGGACGCCGAAAAGCGUAUCCGGUUACUGCAGUUUGUCACAGGGACAUCGCGAGUACCUAUGAAUGGAUUUGCCGAACUUUAUGGUUCCAAUGGUCCUCAGCUGUUUACAAUAGAGCAAUGGGGCAGUCCUGAGAAACUUCCCAGAGCUCACACAUGCUUUAAUCGCCUUGACUUACCUCCAUAUGAAACCUUUGAAGAUUUACGAGAGAAACUUCUCAUGGCCGUGGAAAAUGCUCAAGGAUUUGAAGGGGUGGAUUAAGCACCCUCUGCCUCGGGGGUGUUUGUUCUUCAAGCAAGUUCUGCUUGCACUUUUGCAUUUGCCUAACAGACUUUUGCAGAGGCGAUGGCAGAGAGCAGCUGCAGGCAUGGUCCCUGGAGCCGAGCCUUCGCCUUGCACUCGUCCAAGUUCGGAUGUGGGAACCUGGUCCCAGCUUGAGUUUCUGCAUUUCCCACCACAAAUUAUCAACUGGUUGAUGUGUACACUAAUUACAUUUCAGGAGGACUUAUGCUAUUUAUGUUGUGCCUCUGCAGGCAAAGCCCUUAAUAAAUAUUUUACAUCCUUUCUAAUGACAAUGAAUGGAAUUAAUCACUCUACAGGUAUAGUAUUACAACUCAUGUUUACUUUUUAAAAUGAUUUAGACCGAUUUUCAGAUUUUAUUUCGUUAUGAUUAAAGACGUCUCAUGUACUUGGAAAAGUGAGCAUUUUUUUUUUUUUUAUAUUCCACUUUCAUACCAGGCUUAAUGUCAAUGACAUUUUUAUUUUUGAAGUCUCUGACACCUCCACCCUCUACUUUAUUAGAAUUGGAAGGCAAAUUUUUGUCCAAAAACCUUCUACAGACAAGUACUUUGAGAGAAUUUCCAAUAUAAUAUUAGACAUAAUAAUUUUUUCCAUACUCAGAAUGAAUAACUGGAUAUUAUGUUUUUGUUUUGGGGUUUUUUUGUACAAAUUUAGCUAAUAGCUACAGGCCGAGAGAAUUGUAACAUAGCAUGACAAAUUUUGUGUUGACUUGAAAGGAAUCACACCAUUAUUCCUUAGAAGUAAUUACAUGUGCUCUAACACAUUUGAGACAGGGUUGGACUCCCAUUUCUCAUCAGAGAAAUUAUUUAGCCCUUCCUGGCGCUGUACAGUCAUCUUUUAUUCUAUUUCCUCUUCGCUGUUUGUAGUAGAGACAUUUUGAAUGAAACUUGGCACUGCUUGAUUCAAAACUGUGGAAACCAGAUCUGUUCAGUCUCCUGUUUGUAUGUGUUUGCUAAUGGUAGCUAAAUAACCAGUUUUUGUUGUAAAUGCACCAAUUCUGAAGGCACUUUAUGUACUACAUGGAAGUCAUGUCUGGUUUUGUUUUUAUUUUUUUAUCAUGAACAUUAAAUGUGAUGAUGAUUUCUUUUCCCUGCACACUUCUUUCCGGUGCAAUAUCUAUCCAUUGUGAAUCUGGCUGCUGGUGUAUAAAAAUCUGGAUGUAAAGCUGAGCCUACAGACCUGUCCUCACCAACUGUUUUGUGAUUUCUACUCAACUACAAAGAUUUAUUUAAUGUACACUUAAUCUAACUGAGUUUUGUUACCAAUGACCUGUUGCAUGCUUCGAUACCAUGUACUGCCUGAGUUGUGUCUGUUGUGUGCUAGAUUAAAAGUGAGACAGAGACUUGACUUGAUCCUCUGAGCUCAAGCUGUUGAGCUGGUAGUGGCAGAGGACUGAGGGUACCUGCAUAGUUUGAUUCUUUUCCACGUGUAAGUCUCCAUUGCAGAAUUGUCGUGCUUUGAGAAAACACCUGAGGUAGUGUAGGAGUUGAACGACCCCAUUGUCCUUUUUAACCUGUGUUGUCCUAGACCCUGUCUUAGGGGACACUAGAGAUUUGAUCUCAUGCCAGUCAUCAAUAGGACAAAAGAGUUGUGGUUUGGGGAGGUCCGUUUGUUACAUAAAAAGAACCUUUCUGUGUAAGAAAUUGCCUUUUUUACCGUGCCCUGGGUGGCAUGUGAGAAGCCAUGGAAGGUUGUCGUCGUAAAUGAGUUGUCUGAAGGGGUGCAGAGGCCUGAGGUUUCUAAAAGAAGGUAGAUUUCUACAGAGCUGAGUGUUGGUUCCUUUUUCUUAUUGGUUGAAAAGUACCUGGUAGUGAUCAGAAAACUUAGAUGCUAUGUAACUUAAAAAAAAAAAAAAAAAUCCUGCUCAUUGGUUUUGACUGUUGGUGAGACGUUUCCCCUACAGUUAACAUAACAAAUGUCUCAGUGGUAAAAAAUCCCCUUUUUGUAAGCCCCUGUAGUCUAGAGUCAGUUUUCUUUUUAAGAAUCAUGCCAGAGCCUGAGUUGAGCAGUACGCUUUCUUGGUUUUUGAGAGUAAUCGUGUAAUUGUAGAGGGAGAAAUCCAGUUCUAGCCUAAGAACUGGGAUUCUUCUGUCAUCUUGUAAACUAUGUAUUGAAAAAAACAGAAUAGUCACUAAAUGCAUAUUAAGUCAAGUAUUGGAAAGUAUAAAAGAAAAAUCAUUCUGACAAUUUCUAAGCCAGAAGCAAACAAGAAUUACUGAAAUCCACCCCAUGAAUUCUUGGAAGGCAGUAAUUGUGAGUGACACCUCAGUUCAUCAACCCCUUAAUAAUACCAGCUUAAUUUAAAUGACAACUAAAUAUUGCUGAAGUGGGGUUUUAGUAUUUUUUUUAAAAAAGCAAAACAAGGUUCACUAGUCCUCAGCAAUUCUCGAAGUUUCUCUCUUUGCCUAAAAUGGUCAUAGAUCUUGAUUCUUCUGAAUCAUGAUGACCACGCCCCAUCAUCUUCACAGCAUAAUUGCAGGUGGCAGGAAAGACAGUGUGCUCUGUGCUGGGUGAGGAGCAGUUGCUGGGCCAUUCCUUGGGCCCCGACCUGCCCUGUGAGUAGCCCUGGGGGAGAGAGGGCAGUGCUGCCUAUCCCAGAGGUCGCAGCAGCCACGCCGCUCUGCAGGCUGGGCUCUCUUUAUAGCCAGAGAAAUCACCUUAAUGCAGUUUCUUUAGUUGUCUGCUGAAGCUGUAAUUAUUAUGGGCCACUUACGUGAGGCUGAGAAGUACGUGCCAGAGUUCAUGCACUGCCUAUUGCAGGUUUCUUAACAUCAGUUAUCACGGCUGCCUGUGUGUCCUGGCUAUUUCCAUUCCUGCCCCUUGUUGGCCCGAGGAAGGACGUGGAAAGAGCGCCUGGCGGGACGAAGGUCCAACAGCCUGUGCCUCUCCACCGCUGGUCCCGGAGCCGGCAGCAAUGAGGCAUUCAUUUUCUGUGUUACAGUGUACUCCCAGCUUCAGUGCUCUUUUCCUUUUUGCCUGAAAUGUUUAUGCUUCUCUGUAGCCAGUCCUCUAACAAAUCACAAGAACAAAGGUAAGACACUUGACUUUUGUUUCCAGGACCCUUCAGCAGGUGACAUCAGCUAUUCCCUGAAUUCAGACAAUGAGGGAUACAGAGCGACUUGGCGUGUAUUAUUUCUCCCAUGUAAGGACAAAGGGACAGAUUAUUAUUAAUAUUUUUGAGACAUAGUCUCGCUCUGUAGCUCAGGCUGGAGUUCAGUGGCUCAAUCUCAGCUCACUAUAACUUCUGCCUCGCGGCUUCAAGUGGUUCUUCUGCCUCAGCCUCGCCGAAUAGCUGGGAUUAUAGGCACCCGCCACCAGGCCUGGCUAAUUUUUGUAUUUUUAGUAGAGACAGUUUCACCAUGAUGGCCAGGCUGGUCUUGAACUCCUGACCUCAGGUGAUCCUCCUACCUCAGCCUUCCAACGUGCUGGGAUUACAGGCAUGAGCCACCGCACCCGGCCUCACAGUGACAGAUUCUGAGAAACAGUGUGCAAAACAUUUGAACCGUUUUCUACAUCUCCCAUUGUUGCAUAGACAGUGUGCACCGCUGCUCACUUGCCAGAGCCACAGUGGCCCUCUCGAAAGCCAGGUUCACACACAGCAACUUUUUAAUUGUUCUAACAGUUACCCAUUAACAGUCGACUCCUGUAUUUCUAAGAGUCUUGUACUCACCUCUGAAAUUUAAAAAUAUAUAAAGAGAGCCUGGGUUAAUCAGUUCUGCAGCCCCUACCCACUGUGCUAAUUCUGUCCUCCUUACCCUGCCCCUGCACCCCUGUACUUACAGGGAGAGGUGGGAGGCGCUGUCUGGUAUCAUUUUCUGCCUUGCCAGUAGGGGGUGCCGCUGUGCAGGUUAACUGCCUGGCCUGCUGUUUCCCUGACUUGCCCCGACCCCAAAGAUCACUUGCUACCUCUGUCAUUCAGGCAUUGGGGUACAUCCUGAUAAGUCAUGUCAGAGCUGCCAAUUUCAGGACUGAGAUGUGUUUUUAAAAAACAAAUCCUUAUAAACUCCACUUUGUACUUUAGAUUUUAAAACGGGGGAAAAAAAUGUGAUGUUCUUUGGACCACUUUUUUAAUUUAUAUAAGCCUUAAUGAACAGUGUCUGUACAUUUGCAUACGCACACCCCCACCCCAGAGUGUUCUCAGUAUGUCAGAGAAAAUGCUGUAGCAUUCAGACAGGAGCUUGGAGAAUGGUCUCUAGAAAAAGGGUGGCUUCCUGUUGGCAUGAAAUUUUCCAAGCAAACCUCUCAUUAAACAUCCGUCGUUUGUUAAAGAUGUUCCACUCAAAGCAACGCAUGUUUUAAAGGCAUGUCUUUCUGUUCGUUGGUUUUAUGUGUGUAAGGAAUAGCAUUGCUGUUGGCACCUAAGCUUGCGUGCACUGCAUUCUCAACCCCGUACCAGUGCAUCAGAAGCCUUCCUCGUGACCGUAACUCUGUAUAACUCCGUGUCUGCAGAUAUCUGUGUUCCUAUGUAAGCCAGUUUUCCCCUUUCACUCAGACUAAUUUCACCGAGAUUGUCACGGUUUCCUUCAUGUUAACUUUGCGUGACUUUGUUCUUCCUUUACUACUAUGUAUGUAAUAUAUAUACAUAUAUACGUACAUAUGCUGUCCAAAUAUAUUUGUAUAUAUUUGUAUAGCAUUUUUACACCUUUAUUCAGUAAUCUGGUUUCGAAAGGGGGUGAGAGCUUAGUCCCUUCUACAGUUUUCUCCAAGCUGUGUCCCGCGAAUUUCGACCCUUGGAGCCUGAGAAAACCCUAGGAAGAUGAUGUUAAUUUGCUGUCAUUUCGUAAUUCAGGAUCUAUCAUCAAAUGAAACAUGAAAAAAGCAGUGACUUUUAAGGUGAAAAGUUUCAAGCAUUCCGAAUAAAUUAUCAAUGUGUCAUAACUUUUUAUUAUAAACCCACCACCUAAUAGGAAGCCAAGUACUAUUUGAUACAGUGGUAAAAACCAAACUACCUUGAAUUUUUUUUAAGACAACUUAUGAAUAAUGCUCAUUUCACAAUCAGAGUAGCUUUAAAAUAUGGUUGAAUUUGAUACACACAGGAAAAGUUUUCUUGAAGAACAAAUCCUUUUCGCUUUUCUUUUUUCUUGAGAGAUCUAAAGAGAAACUGUAGAUUGUUUUCCUGACAGCAAAAGACUGAUGUGACGAAAUGAAGUCAUUGUAAAGAAGCGAUGCAACUUGUCAAAUAUUUAAUAAAGAAUUAUGGAAGCUGGAACAUUUUCUA